CAAGACAAUUCAUUUCCGGUAUAUUGGGAAUAUUCUGGUUCUUGUCUUUGGUGCAAGACGCCAAUUCUUAUAAAUUUAGUCUGUAAUUUGAUCGAAGUGUUAAUUGAUCGAAGUUUUGUUUGGAAUUCGUGGCCAUAAAGCCAUGGAUAUGCCACCGCCUCCAGAGGACCAAGAACUGAGGAAUGUCAUUGACAAAUUGGCCCAGUUUGUGGCCCGGAAUGGGCCUGAAUUUGAGAAGAUGACAAUGGAGAAGCAGAAGGACAAUCCCAAAUUUUCCUUCUUAUUUGGCGGAGAUUUUUUCAACUACUACAAGUACAAGUUGGCCGUUGAGCAGCAACAGCAUUCUACUACACAGGAAUGUGAGGAGUAUAAGUUGGAAGUGAUUUGCAAGCAGCCAGGGCAGGAGCCUCCAGAUGGCCCACCCCCAAUGGCCAUGAUGCCGCCGCCCCCCAUCCCUCCGGCCACGCCCUCAGUGGACGAGCUGAUCCAGCAGAGCCAGUGGAACCUGCAGCAGCAGGAACAGCAUCUGCACAGUCUCAGACAGGAGCAAGUGACUGCCGCUAUUGCGCUGGCUAUGGAACAGCAGACACAGAAGCUCCUGGUGGAGACGCAGCUGGACAUGGCCGAGUUCGACAGCCUGCUCCAGCCCAUUAUCGACACCUGCACCAAGGACGCCAUCUCGGCUGGGAAAAACUGGAUGUUCAACAACGCUAAGUCACCGCAGCACUGCGAGCUGAUGACCCGCCACCUGCGCAACCGCAUCACCACGGACGGCGCGCACUUCGAGCUCCGCCUGCACCUCAUCUAUCUCACCAACGACGUCCUGCACCACUGCCAGAGGAAGCAGCAGAGGGACCUGCUGGCUGCUCUGCAGAAGGUUGUGGUGCCCAUUUACUGCACAAGCUUCCUGGCCGUGGAGGAGGACAAGCAGCAGAAGAUAGCCAGAUUGCUGCAGCUGUGGGAGAAGAACGGCUACUUCGACGAGGUGACGAUCCAGCAGCUGCAGAGCCCGGCUCUGGGCCUGGGUCAGUACCAGGCCUCGCUCAUCACCGAGUACGCCGCCGUGGUGCAGCCCAUACAGCUGGCCUUCCAGCAGCAGAUCCAGACCCUCAAGUCCCAGCACGAGGAGUUCGUGGCCAACCUGAAGCAGCAGCACAGCGCGGCGGCGGCGGUGGCGGCCGGACAGUUACCGCCGGGGGACGCCGAGGUGAAGCCUGCGUCGCAGGUCGCCGCGGUGACCACACAGCCUGGGGAUGUGAAGCCGCCCUUGGCCGUCCCGCCCCCAGAUUAUGAUGGGGCUCCGGCCAGGCCUCCUGACUCCGCCCCCAGUGGCCCCAAUGAACCAAUCCCUGCCUCUAAGCCCAGCUGGUUUGACCCCCAACACAACAUCUCUGCAUGGGCCCCGCAGCAGCCGCCGCCGUUCGACCCUACGCAGGCCCCGCCCCCGUGCCCGCCCUGGAACAGCCACGAGGGCAUGUGGAACGAGCAGCGGGACUCCAGCUGGAGCGGCCCGCGGGAGAGCGGCCCCUGGAGCGGCGCGCCGGAGCCCCCGCCGUCCUGGAGCGGCCAGUACGAGCAGCCGCCCUGGAGGUCAGCGGAGAGCCGCCCUCGAUGAGCGCCCCCGAUUCGAGGCCGUCCCCCCCAGCAGCCCCCCCGUUACAGCCCCCACCCCCCCACCGGCCGUCCCGCCCGCUUCAUGCAGGAGGACUUCCCCCCGCCACACCGCAGCGGCCGCCCUACCCGCCACCGCUUACCCGCAGGGGACUUCCCCGCGAAGCUGGGGCCUCCUCCCCACCACCACCCCAGCCAGAGGAUCCCCCCUCCGGGGAUGUCGGAGCACCCACCGUGGGGGGGAAACCAGCACCCCGACUUCGGCCCCCCGCCGCACGGCUUUAACGGGCAGUCCCCCCACAUGAGACGCCAGGCCCCCUCCCACGUCAACCAGGACGACCCCAGCCUGGUGCCGAACGUCCCGUACUUCGACCUGCCCGCCGGACUCAUGGCCCCUCUAGUGAAACUUGAAGACCACGACUACAAGCCCCUGGACCCCAAAGACAUCCGCCUGCCUCCUCCCAUGCCCCCCAGUGACCGUCUGCUGGCAGCUGUGGAGGCCUUCUACAGCCCCCCCUCUCACGACAGGCCCAGGAACAGUGAGGGCUGGGAACAGAACGGCCUGUACGAGUUUUUCAGAGCGAAGAUGAGAGCCAGGAGGAAAAAGGGGCAGGAGAAGAGGAACAGUGUCCGAGGAAGCCGCUCACGCAGCCGCUCGCGAAGUCGGGGCCGGUCCUCGUCCCGCUCCAGCUCCAGGUCCUCCAAGUCCUCGCGCUCCUCCUCCAGGUCACGGUCCCGCUCCAGGUCUCGGUCCUACUCCAGGUCACGGUCCAGAAGCAGGAGCGGGUCCCGCUCGUCCCGCAGCCGCUCCCGCUCCAGGUCCCGGUCCAAGUCUCGCUCCCCGGACAAGAGGCGUCGCACCAAAUCCCGCAGCCCCACCCCUCCCUCCACCUCUGGGCUCGGGUCUGCAGCUUCCUCCAUCCCACCGGAACUGAGGCUGGGGGAGGAGAACAAGGGCCACCAGAUGCUAAUGAAAAUGGGAUGGAGUGGAUCCGGUGGGCUGGGAGUCAAGGAGCAGGGCAUCCAGGAUCCCAUCAAGGGAGGAGACAUCCGGGACAAGUGGGACCAGUACAAGGGAGUGGGCGUGUCACUGGAUGACCCGUACGAAAAUUACCGCAGGAACAAGAGUUACAACUUUGUCGCCCGUAUGAAGGCAAGGGAGGAGGUGAAUCGGGAGCCCUCGGAACCUGCUCCUGCAGAGUGAUCGCAGACUCCGCUCAGAUUCCAGAACUCCCACAAUGCAUCAGCAGAUUGUAUCCUGCUCAAAUAAAUGUGAUUUUUGUAACUAACUCCGAGGCCCGGCAGUAUUUUUGUCUGUCUUGCGUCUGAUGUGCAUCUUUCUAAGAACCAAAAUUCAGAGAGGUCCUUAAGUAAGAUUGAUUUUGUAGUCUAGACCAUUUCUUUAAAAAAAAAAAAACAUCUGUUCUUUUAGAAAAUUCUAGCCUGAUUGCCUGGAAAUAAUGUAGAGUACUGUGACUUUUUCUUUUUAAAAACCAUAUGGUAAUGUAUAUUCAAACAUUGAGGAUAUAGUUUCCACAGUAAUCUUUGUAUGUUUCACCAUCCAGACUAUAAAAUGUCAAUAAAUAAAGGGUUUUAAAGGCUU